AUGGAUUAUUACAACACGCCAGCCGCCGCCCCGCCGCCCGGGGUGGUCCCCAACUUCGUCAACCCGCCAUCCCAGCGGACGACGAUCAUCGUGCUGCAGUCGAUUUUCCUGUUUCUGGCGCUACUGGCGGUGUCCGCCCGCGUCUGGGUGCGAACAAGUAUCAUCAAAUUCUGGGGCGCCGAAGACAGCGGCAUCACCUUCCCAUGGACGGUCUGCUUCGCCAAGAUCUCGAUUCUGUUGCUGUAUAAGCGCGUGUUCCCGCUGCACCGCGAGAUCGUCGCCGUCUGGAUCGGCAUCGUGGCCGACGCGGUGCUCUACACGUUCUGUAUUGCCGUCGCCAUCGGCAGCCUGGUGCAGUGCGCGGAGCUGUCGCAGCUGGAGGCCCCUUACUGCAAGUUCACCUCCGGGACGAUGAUCACGAUCCAGUCGGUGAUCAACGUGGUGACGGACUUCUACGUGCUGCUGCUGCCCAUCCCGCGGCUGCUGAAGCUGCAGGUCAGUCGGCGGCGGCGGAUCGGGCUGCUGGUGACGUUUAUGAGUGGGCUUGGAGCCUGCGCGGCUAGUCUGGCGCGGCUGGUGAAUUUCCAGCUGAAUGAUAGCUCGGAUGUGUUUUGGACGACGGGGCGGAAUGCUCAGUUUACGAUCGUCGAGAUGAACAUCGCCAUCAUCGUCGCCUGCGCUACCUCCUUCCCCAUGUGCUUCGCGCGUCUCCGCUCCCUCACCUCCUCCUUCUACAACUCGGCCGUCUCCCUACUCCAAAGCGGCAGCCGGGAGACGCCCAAGAAUUGGGAACGGCUGAAGAAUGGCAAGGGGGACGGGCGGAUGGACUCGCAGGAGCUGGACCCCGUCCUCGUCACCGGCGGCAACGGCUUCAUCGCCUACCACAUCAUCGCCAAGAUCCUGGAGAGUGAACCGGAGUGCACCAUCCACUGCAUCGACGUGAACACGCAGCGUAACCGCCACGCGGGGGCGAACGUGCACUACCACCAGGGCGACAUGGCGAGCGCGGCGGACGUGCAGCGCAUCAUGCAGCUGGCGCGCCCGGCGACCAUCUUCCACACCGCCUCGCCCGAGUUCUCCGACGAGCCCGAGUCCGCCUACCGGGGCAUCAUCGUCGACGGCACGCACCACCUCCUCGCCGCCGCCUGGGCGGUGGGCACCGUGCGCGCCCUCGUCAACACCUCGACCUCGGGCGUCAUCAACGACAACCACACCGACCUGGUCAACGCCGCCGAGGACCUGCCCAUCCUGCGCCCGCCCGCCCAGCAGCGCCUCUACUGCAUCGCCAAAGCGGACGCCGAGGACGCGAUCCAGGCCGCCAACCGCACUGCCGCCCCCACCUCCGCCGCCGGGGCCGACGACCACGGCAUCCUGACGUGCGCCAUCCGCCCCGCCCUCGCCUUCGGCGAACGCGACCACGGCACCCUCGGCAAGAUGUACGCCGUCGCCCGCCAGGGCAAGCUGCGCUUCCAGAUGGGCGACGGCCGCAACCUCUACGACUUCGUCUACGUCGGCAACCUCGCCGACGCCCAUCUCCUCGCCGCCCGGGCACUGCUGGCCGCGUGGGGGAAGCCCGCCCCCGCUGAUAGAAAGGUCGACGGCGAGUGUUUCCACAUCACCAAUGAGGAGCCCUGGCUAUUUUGGGAUUUCCAGCGCGAGGUGUCCAGGUUGGUGGGCAGGCCGGUCAGGAAGGAGGAUGUGGUCGUGAUCCCCAAGUGGGUGGGGUUGACGAUUGGGUUUGUGAAUGAGUGGGUCGCUUGGGUGGUUUCCGGGGGGACCAAAAAGGCGAAUAUGACGAGGGAGGGGAUUCGGUUUAGUACGUUGGUCAGGACGUUGAACGGGGGCAAGGCGAGGAGGGUGUUGGGGUAUUCUCCCAGGAUUGGGGUGCGGGAGGGGUUGGAGAGGAGUGUGAGGUGGUUUGUGGAGAAUGGGGGGGGGGCUUUCGAGAUGUGGUCGGUGUCUUGGUAA